GUCGCUAGUAGUUGUUCAUCCGCCGUGGCAAUUUGUUUGCUUUUCUCGCGGAAAGAAAAAUUCAUUUUUCUCAGUUUCUUAUCGCUAAUCCUAUCUUAUUUAUAUAUUUAUUACCCCAUUGAUUUCCAUUAAACGCUUUUCCGUUGAAAUUCAAUCUUCCGGAUUGCAAAAAUGGCCAGUGAGGAGCUUCUGAAGCAAUUUGUGGGGCUCGGUAUGACAGAGCAGAAAGCCAAGGAGACCCUUAAGAAUGCCAAUGUGACGAAAAAUCUCACAGAAGCCCUGAAAAGUGUGGAUCCGGGAAGUCUUACGGAUGGAGCUGGGAUGCUGCUGUACCAUAUGGCUUCCAAGAUUAAACCACAGAUUGUGACGCACAUUGCCUUCCUGGCGCAUUAUAUAAAAUCCCAGAAACUCGAUACAAUCCCCCGUGUGGAUGCAGCACUGGAAUUCCUCCUGACACACGGAGCUAAAGGAUCAGCUGUCAAUGUGAAGGAUUUCGAUAAGGCAUGUGGAGUGGGUGUUGUAGUCACGCCGGAAGAGAUUGACAGGACAGUUGAGGGAGUUAUAAAGAAGAAUUUGCCAGCAAUCCAGGAGCAGCGGUAUCGCUUCAAUGUGGGAAAGAUUAUGCAGGAAGUACGCACUGCACUCCCCUGGGCUGAUGGGAAGGCUGUCAAGAGUGAGGUUGAAGUGCAGAUUUUUGAUUUAUUGGGCCCCAAAACGGAGGCAGAUCUCGCGCCAGCGCCAAAAGUGGAGAAAAAACCGAAGAAGGUGGAAAGUGAGGUUAAGUUGCCGUCGGCUGAUUCUGGGGCAAUUUGUGGCGAUGGGGCGAGCAAUAUUGCUGAGCUAAUGCGCACGAAAGUUCAUUUUCACGCCCCUGGGGAGAAUUACAAGACAGAUGGGUACGUGGUGACCCCGUUGACGGAUAAACUCCUCCAGGAACAUCUCAAAGCCACCGGGGGGAAGGUCAGGACGCGUUUUCCACCAGAACCAAAUGGGAUUCUGCACAUUGGGCACGCAAAGGCGAUAAAUAUCAAUUUCGGCUAUGCCCAGGCACAUGGGGGCACGUGCUAUUUGCGCUACGACGAUACGAAUCCGGAAAAGGAGGAAGAGAAGUUUUUUGUGGGGAUUCGGGACAUGGUUGAAUGGUUGGGCUACACACCGGCCAAGAUUACGCACUCCAGUGAUAAUUUCCAGCAACUCUAUGAGUGGGCAGUGCAGCUAAUCCGGAAGGGGAUGGCGUAUGUGUGUCAUCAGAAGAGCGAGGAGAUGAAGGGCUUCAACCCGAUUCCAUCGCCAUGGCGUGAUCGUCCCAUUGAGGAGAGUCUCCUGCUCUUUGAGGAUAUGCGAAAUGGGAAGAUUGCCGAAGGGGAGGCAACGCUACGGAUGAGGAUAACGCUGGAGGAGGGAAAGAUGGACCCCGUGGCGUAUAGGAUUAAGUUCAUCCCUCAUCCAAGGACCAGUGAUUGGUGCAUCUACCCCACGUACGACUUCACGCACUGCCUCUGCGACAGCUUGGAGAAUAUCACGCACAGCCUCUGCACGAAGGAGUUCCAGUCACGUCGCAGCAGCUACUACUGGCUCUGCAAUGCCCUGGACAUCUACUGUCCAGUUCAGUGGGAAUAUGGGCGCCUCAAUGUAAACUACACAGUCGUGUCGAAGCGGAAGAUUGCACGCCUGAUCACGGAGAAGAUUGUCCAGGAUUGGGAUGAUCCACGACUCUUCACACUCACUGCCUUGCGUCGACGUGGCUUCCCCCCAGAGGCCAUUAACAACUUCUGCGCUCAAAUGGGAGUGACUGGAGCUCAGGGGAGUGUUGAUCCAGCCAUGCUGGAUGCUUCCGUGAGGGAUUUUCUCAAUUUAACAGCUCCCCGGACACUUGUUGUCCUUGAACCACUCAAAGUAACCCUCAAAGAUUUCCCCCACACCGCCCCUGUGACGAUCUCCGUGCCCAAUUUCCCCGGAAAUCCCGAGAAGGGAACACACAGCAUCACCCUCGAUCGUGUGAUCUUCAUUGAACGAUCAGACUUCAAGGAAACCCCCGAAAAAGGCUAUCGCCGCCUUUCCCCCACUCAAUCCGUAGGUCUCCGCCAUGCUGGGCUCAUUAUCUCAGUGUCUGAAAUCCUUCGUGAUGCAUCUGGUGCUGUGCAGGAGCUCAUCUGCUCCUGUCAUGCUGUUGAAGGGGCAGAAAAACCAAAAGCCUUCAUUCAGUUUGUCUCACAGCCCCUUCCCAUUGAGGUACGCCUGUAUGAGCCACUCUUCCGCCACAAGAACCCAGAAGAUCCUGCCGAAGUUCCCGGAGGUUUUCUCAGUGAUUGCAAUCCGGAUUCCCGGACAAUUGUUCAUGCGCUGGCGGACAAACAUCUCGCCGGGGCAAAAGUUUAUGAAAAAUUCCAAUUUGAGAGAAUUGGAUUCUUCUCCGUGGACCCAGAUACCACUCCCGGAAAGCUGGUGUUCAAUCGUACAGUUACGCUGAAGGAGGAUGCUGGAAAAGUUUGAUUUUUCUCAUCAAUAAAGAUCUAUCCGGGAA